AUGGCCAUCGUGGACGAGAAGCAAAUCAAGACCGUGGCUGAAAGCCCGGAGAGCCAGAGCGAUGGGGGCCACAGCGAGGUUGACUGGUCGCAGGAGGAGGAGCAGCGCCUGCUCCGAAAGGUCGACAUUUUGAUUAUGCCUCUGCUGAUUCUUGCCUUCUUCGCCCUGCAACUCGACCGCGGAAACAUGGGUAAUGCUCUGACCGACUAUUUCCUGAAGGAUGUCGGAAUCUCCCAAAACCAAUUCAAUGUUGGACAACAGUUGCUCUCAGCAGGCAUUGUUAUCCUUGAGAUCCCCAGCAACCUUGUGUUAUACCGAGUAGGACCGACUCUUUGGAUUGGUGGGCAGAUCAUUGCAUGGGGCUUGGUCGCAACAUUCCAAGCAUUCCAGAAGGGUCUCGGUCCAUUCAUGGUAACUCGACUGCUUCUUGGUCUCUGCGAAGCGGGAUUUAUUCCUGCUGCUCUGUACACCAUGACCCGCUGGUACAAGAAGGAGGAGACUAGCAGGAGGUUCUCUUGGUUCUUCCUCGGCAACAUGCUUGCUGCCGCAUGCUCUGGUCUUAUCGCCUAUGGCAUUUUGCACAUGAGAGGCGUCGCCAAUCUGGCUGGAUGGCAAUGGCUUUUCUUGCUUGAGGGCAUCUUCACUGUGCUCGUCGGUAUCUGCUUUCUUGUUUUCUUCCCAAACCAAGUCAGCAAUCCGGUGUCCCUGGCUGGACUGCGAUACUUCAGCGAGCGGGAGGCGGAGAUCCUCUACAAGAGAGUCAUGCUUGACGAUCCUUCCAAGGCGCACCCUAAGAAGUCCGUUAGUUGGCCGGAAUUGAGAGAGGCAUUGACAAACUGGAAAUUGAUACCGCAUGUCAUCUUCACCAUUGCCGCUUUGUCACCGUCAUCGACUCUGAGCUCAUACGCGCCUUCGUUGGUUGCUUCGAUGGGAUACGACAGACUGCAAGCCAAUGCCAUGGUUUCCAUCGGCGCCUGGAUUUUGAUCCCAGUCAACCUGUUCUGGGGCUGGAUUGCCGAUAAAACAAGAGUGCGCGGGCCAUGGGUGUUCCUGGGACUGCUGAUCUUCUGGGGCUUCAACCUUGGCAACCUGUUGCUGAUUGAUUCUGAUCGCACAAAGAGAUUUACCAUGUUGACUCUUUCGGUGGCAUUCUCGUUCCCUUGGCACCCCGUCAAUGGCGCCUGGGUCUCGAUGAACGCCAAGUCCGCUGGCGAACGUUCAAUCACAAUGGCCAUUCUAAUCAUGGCUGCGAACUGCUCUGGCAUUGUGGGUAAGCAGUUGUUCCGGGAGGGCGAUGGACCCAAGUACCGCCAGGGCUGGACUGUCAUCACGGGCCUGGUGACCGCCGCAGUUGUUUGCGGCAUCUGGGCCAACGUGCAGUAUUACAUCUUGAACAAGCGUAGACUGAGCCGGGCCGGUCUGUCUUAUCAGUACUAA